GCAAGCAGAAAAAAAAAUGGCACCAAGGAAGCACACAAUGUGGCUUGGUGAGAGGAGGAAAAUCAUGCAAUUCCUGCGGGUUAGCGGUCGGCUUUUCUGGGCUAUCCCGUUCGCUUCUUUCCAUUGCCGUUCAUUCCUGUUGAGUCAUUCUUCAACUCUUUUCGCAUCCUCCCCCUUCUCGUUCUUUCCUUUCCCUUUGAACAGGCCAGACCUUGGACUCCGCACUUUCCAACAUGAACUCUCCAAGCGCUGCACACCACCGUGCCUUUGACGAGCACUCUCGCCUGUAUGUUAUUCAAGAAGAUACGGAAAGGUCCAAUAGUUGUACCAAUGGAGUAGUAUCAUGUGUAUUGACCCCUCUGUUGUUGUACUCUCACAUAGGCAAUCGAAGCCCCAGACUCUGGACGACAUCUAUGGCGAACCCGAGAACUUUUUGGAGAUUGAGGUCAGGAACCCCCAGAACCACGGUGUUGCCCGCAAGAUGUUUACUGAUUAUGAGAUUGUCUGCCGAACCAACAUCCCUGCGUUCAAACUGAAGAAUUCGUCUGUUCGACGCCGCUACUCCGACUUUGAGUGGUUCAGGGACGUAUUGGAGCGCGAGUCGUCCAGAGUUAACAUCCCCCCACUUCCCGGAAAGGUCUUCACUAACCGUUUCACGGACGAGGUCAUUGAGCAGCGCCGUGAGGGACUAGAGCGCUUCUUGCAGAUUGUUGCUGGUCAUCCUCUCCUGCAAACUGGAAGCAAGGUAUUGGCUGCUUUCAUUCAGGAUCCCAGCUUCAGCAAGGACUAUUACCAUUAUUAAGAAUAAUCAACAAUCGCGCUACGGAGCUAAAAUGGAGAAAGAAAGAAAAGGUAUCUCAUGGACCGGGGUAGUGCCUCCCCUUUUUAUAUCUCGGUCUCCACCUUCUCACCUCCUUUCGCUUUACAGCAUCAAGUUCUUUUGCUCCUUCCUCUUCGAAUCUACCUGUAUAACACAAUAAAGAAAAAAACGAGUUGAACAAAAA